AUGGCUAGAACAAAAGAACAAUACCACAGAGAACUACAAAAAGCAAAUGGUGCAGCUUCGUAUACAGGUAAAAACAGCUUCCAUCGUUGGUCUGAUGCGGUGACGAAUUGUAAAAGAAAUGGUGGCGGAUUCCUCGCCAAAAUCAAAAGCUCAGCUGAACUUCAAAAGGCAAGAACUGCAUUCUUACAAUACCAAGACCCUAAGGAAUACUGGAUCGGUAUCAAAUAUGAUACAACGAAAGGUGACUUUGUUUGGGGCGAUGGAACUUUAGUGACCGCAACUACAGCCUUUGAAACAAUUGUCAACAGAGUUGAACAACAAUCGGACACUGAUAAACGGUGCUUGUAUCUUAGUACACAAGAUGUACUAGUAGCAGCUGAUUGUGAAGCACAUAAAAAGUAUAUUUGUCAAGUUGGUGAAACAGCAGAUCCAGUUGAAACAAGUCAACCGCCCAAAAAGAUCAAAAGCAAAAUCAAAAACAAGACCAAAACAAAAUUUCAGAGAUCUCGACAUAGGUUCUAUAAACCUGAAAGUACAGCUUUAGAGAUGGACGUUGAGGAAUAUGCCAAUGAAAUAGAACAGCUCAACGCUAGUGAGCCUUCGUCUCUAGAGAAUGCUGUAAAUCUCACCUCUACGCUUGUUAGAAAGGCAAGCACUGCAGACAGCAAAGUCAAUAUUCUUGUUAGCUUUGAGAAAUUGGAAGUCUUUGCUAUGAAUUAUGCUAACCUUCACUUGACGCCCCAAAAUGGUUCUGAGAGAGAAAUUUCUAUUGAGCAGAAAGAAUUAGGUAUGUCAGUGAUGAGAGUUUCUGCUGAUCACAAACGUGGUGUCGUAUUCCCGUCCCAUGCUAAUACUUUUAACGAGAGCUUCAUUCAAGAAGAGAAGGGAGCCAUUACGCUUUCUGCUGGCAUGUUUAAUCAAGACCGAUACGUUGUCUGUGCGUUGUACAAAAACGCCGCCGACUUAAUGCCUGAAGGAGCAAAUAAUGUCAAUAACAGAAAGAAGUCCACCAUACGCACUCGGAUCAUAUCGUGUACAGUAAAACCAGAGGUUCGAGGCAACUUUGAAGAGGACGUCGUAAUUAACCUUACUAACACCAAGGAUAACUUAACAGCCACACAGACGAGCUGUGUAUUUUGGAAUUUUUCGAUAAGAACAAAGUUUGACGGUGCUUGGUCCCAAAAGGGUUGUAAACUGGUUCAGGAAACCAAAGAGCGGACUACCUGCAGUUGUAAUCAUCUGACGAAUUUCGCUGUCUUAAUGGAAGUGGGUGAGACAAAGAUCUCUGACGAUCACAAAUUUGCACUAGCGUUGGUGACCUACAUUGGACUUUCACUGUCUUUGAUUGGCGAGACUAUCACCAUUUUGGUCUAUUUAGUUCUUAUGAAUCUGAAAUCCUCUCAGUCCCAUAUCCGGUUGAAUUUGGUAAUGUGCCUGGUUAUCGCCCAGUUAGUUUUUAUGACUGGUAUCCAAGCCACUCAAAUGAAGACGUUGUGCGCGAUUGUCGCGAUAACAAUAAAUUACUUCUACCUUGUUGCUUUCGCUUGGAUGGUUACGGAAGGAGUCAUGCUCUAUUUAAAAGUUGUCAAAGUCUUCAAUGUUGACACAAGUACAAAGAUCUUCUAUGCCCUCGCUUGGGGUGUUCCAACGUUGGUGGUAGCUAGUGCACUUGGUAUAACUGUUAUCCUCGAUGGAAGCACGGAUAACAGUAUGCGUGAUGACGUCUGUUGGUUUGCAUUUUCUUCUGGUUUCAUGUGGGCUUUUGCUGGAUCGGUACUUCUUGCAUGUUUGAUAAACUUAGUCCUCCUAAUACGGAUCAUAGUGGAGAUCACGAGGCUAAAGGACGUAUCUGGGGUCUCAGAGACUCAUUCAUGCAGGAAAAGUCUAAAGGCCUGUGUAGUUCUAUUCCCAUUGCUCGGCCUCACAUGGAUUUUCGGGAUUCUGACCGUCACAGACGCUGGGCUGGUCUUCCAAUAUUUGUUUACUAUCUUUAACUCUUUACAAGGUUUUUUCAUCUUCCUGUUUCAUGUUGUGCGAAGUAAAGAAAUCAGAGUCGCCUUAGAGACAAAAAGGCAAAGAUGGGAAAUAUCGAGAAGUGUAUCCAUGGCUGCAAAUGAAAAAUCAACGCUCGGCACAAGAAGAUCGAGUGCAGCGAAGGAAAAACGACUUUUUACGCUCGUGAACAAGAUUCGUCCUGAGACACAAAAGAGUAUCAGUACUUCAUUUACCACUGUUUUAUAAGUUGUGAUUAUUUUAUAUUGCUCAAAAAAUAUCACUAGACCAAAAAAUAGGUUUGGAAAUCUAGAUCUUACCCAACUUUACCCAUGAUUUUUAAACUGAUUUCUUGCAGUUCACACACCAGUCUGCUUA